AUGGAUGAUAUCAAGCAGGGAAUAAAGAGUUUAGCAAACGGUAAGGCAAGUGAUAUUGAUGGGCUUCAAGCAGAAUUCUUAAAUUGGGGAGUUGAGCUUCUUGCUCCUCACAUAAAGGGUAUCUUCACUAGGGUCAUUCAAGAUGGUUUUUUGGUAGAUUGGACAACUAGCGUGGUUAUCCCUCUCUUUAAGAGUGGGGAUAUCAACAACCCAUCUAAUUACUGCACUAUUAUGGUCAAGCCCCUUCUAGGCAAACUUUUUGGGAGCUUGGUGGAGCGUAGAAUCAGCAGUUGGGCAGAAGCAAAAGGAAAAAGGGCCAAAGGUCAAGAAGAUGCAUCCUCCACUUGUCGCUUGGAAAUUAUUUUGCCUUUGGGACAGCUGGUGACCCUCACCCUUUGCUAUUGUCGUUUGCACCGGAAUAUUCCUUGCCUUGGUGGGGUACAGCUGGUAACCUUUGGCAUUUACUUACACGUUUCUUUAAAUUCAUUCCAUCAAAUCCAGCUGGUAACUCUGCUUCCUCAGUUUCAUUCCUGCGUUGCAUUCAUGGCUUCCUCCUCUUCAGUGAUUGCAUCUCCUAAACUAUAUGAUGCAUUCAUCAGCCACCAAGGCCCUGAUGUCAAGGAAACCCUUGCUAAACACUUGUAUCACCUUCUUAGGGAAAGAGGGUGCCAGGCAUUUCUAGACCGUCCAGAGAUACAAGUGGGGGAUUCUAUUCCUUUUGCCCUUCGCAAUGCCAUUUGCUCAUCUUUUGUGCAGAUUGCCAUUUUUUCCCAAGGAUAUGCAGAGUCCUCUUGGUGUUUAGACGAGCUUGUUCUUAUGUUACAACAAACUGAUGCCCUCUUCAUUCCUGUCUUCUACAAUGUCCAGCCGUGGGAGCUACGUCACAUCGAGAACGAGAAAUCACAAUAUGCUGAGGCAUUUUCUUAUUAUGAAAGGAGAGGCAGGUAUCCUGAUAAGUUGGAUGAAUGGAGAAGGGCCCUCAAAUCCGCUGCAGACAUAUCUGGUUAUGAGCUUAGCCAGCAUCAAGACAAUUUGUGUGGAAAUAUUGUGUCUCGUGUGCUACAAGUAGUGCAAGAAAGAAAAAAUAGAAUACUGUUGGAUGUUGCAAAAUAUCCAAUUGGACUUGGUGAACUUGUCGAAGAUUUUGAAACCUGUUUAGAGAGGAGGAAGAGUUCAGGCUACCAUGCAUCAUCUUUUCUCUCUGAUGUCAGAGAAUCACAUGCAAGAGGUGAACUACACCACUUGCAAAGUCAGCUCUUGAAAGAUCUUUUAAAGAUUGAAGAUUUAAAGAUCGGCAGUGUGCACCAUGGAAUUGGAGAGCUGAAGGAUCGCUUGGGAAGAGCAAGACAUUUGCAUUUUCUUAUAGCCCUGGAUGAUAUCGAUCAUUUAGAUCAGUUAGAUGCCCUCUUACCUCAAGGUAUGCUCGGCUCUAGUAGCCUAGUAAUUAUUACUACACGCGACCAAAGUAUGUUAACAGAUGCAAAUAUCUGUUAUAAGAUGAAGGAAAUGAGCAGGGAUCAAGCCAAAGAUCUCUUCUGUAGCCAUGCUUCCCGGGGACAGGAUCCUCCAAUUGAAUAUGAGCAAUUGGUUCAAAGGUUCGUGCAUUUUUGUGGAGGUCUGCCCCUCUCACUCAAAGUUUUGGGCGCCCAUCUUUAUGGUAGGAAAGAGUAUUAUUGGGAGUUAGAAUUGGAAAAAGUUAAGAAAAUCCAGCCUAAGGAUAUAUUGGAAAGGCUAAAAAUUAUUUUUGAUGGUCUGGACCAGGAGGAGAAACAGAUAUUUAUAGAUAUUGCUUGCUUUUUCAAUAAGAUUGGCUCCCACUAUAAUCCGAAAAGCGUGGCUAUAACAAUUUGGAACGCGUUCGGUUGGAGCGCUGAGCAUGGACUUCAAACCUUACAGGAUAAGUCCCUAGUUGAAAUUAAAUGGGAUGAAUUUCAAAUGCACGAUCACCUCCGCGAUCUGGGAAGACAAAUGGCAGAUGACUUGGGCCCUCCUCGUCUGUGGAGACCACAAAUUCUUAGAUCUAUGGUAUGCUGCUUCUUUAAAAUAUUUAAACGAAAAUUAUAG